AUGGAGAUCUGUGACUUAAGACAUAGACAAACACUCACUGAAGAAACUGUUGAUCGACUUAAACUAGAACAUGUCAGUACUGUUCAAGAUGUUGAAAAAAUCAAAAUUGAGGUUGAUAAAAUUGCCAUUUCUGAUGAUGAAAUCCCAUAUGUCUUUCACGCUCCAAGGAAAAAUCCAUGGUUUGGUGGUCGUGUAUCUGAACUGGAGGACUUAGCAAGUCUUUUGCGGUUAGAUGAUGCCAGUCAACCUAAAGUAAACAUCGCAGCUGUGUGCGCUUUGGGUGGAGUGGGAAAAACAAGUUUGGCUACCGAGUUUGCACAGCAGAGGAAGGAUUACUACACAGGUGGUGUUUAUUGGUUUUCUGGUGAAGACGACAAUACGUUUGAAAAUAGCGUCUACGAUGUUUCUUCGCGCCUCAGGAUACAAAGGGAUUCGUUCGAACAUACCUUUUCGGCCACAUUGGCAAUGAUAUCUCGAACUAAAAACCCGUGGUUGAUCGUUCUUGAUAACAUGGAUCAGUUGAGUCUUUCAGCCAAUAUUGUUAAGCUGGUAUCUGGACCUUGGCAGCACGGUGCGUCCGGUCACCUUUUAAUUACACGAGAAGAAAGCCCACUGCUUUAGCCAACGAUAUCCGAGAUUACGACGAAACACGUUGCCAGCGUCUGAAAUGUUUUGAAAUUGAAGAAGGGAAGAAAUUUCUUUUCCGCAGAGUUGCAAUUGUUCAUCACGAAGAAGUACAUAUAGUUGCUGAGAAAUUAGUUCAACAGCUUGGUGGACUACCUUUAGCUCUUGAACAAGCCGGGGCUUAUAUCAAAUCGCUACCUUGUACAAUAUCCCAAUAUCUGGAGCUUUAUGAUUCGCAGCGCCUUCGUCUUCUUAACCGACAAAAGGCAACGCCUGUUUCAGUUUAUGAUUCGCCUGAGAGAUUAGCUGUUCGUACAACGUGGCAUCUUAAUUUCGAGCACAUCAAACAGACUGUUGAUGAUGGAAAGGCAGCAAUUAGGUUUCUCUACGCGUCAGCAUUUUUAAAUCCAAAUGAGAUUCAAAAGAACAUUAUAAACGUUGGCGAACCACCCGUCGAAGAUGGAGAGUUUAGUGAAUGUGUGAAGACAACUUUGGGGCGUCAACAAGUCUUGAAACUGUUAACUGAUUUUUCACUUUUUAAGGAAACUCUUUCUUCCAACCUUAGCGUCCACCACUUAGUACAGGAGGUCAUACAGGACAAUCUAAAUCAAGAAGAGGAACUCCGAUCUAUAAAUGAUGCCAUUUGUAUGCUACAUUAUGCUUUCCGAAAAUGUCCUUCUCCUGAUGAACUUCUUUCAAGUGAAAGGGAAGGACGAGCGUCUAUUAUUUUUGGGAAUCAGUCGCGUUUUUACAAGUGGCAUAAACUAUGUUUACAUAGUUACGAUCUUGUAAGACAUUUGAAGAGAAUGAUCAAACAGUCUAACGUCGAUAUCGCGAAGAUAUUUCAACCUGAAACGGCUAGAAUAGUGUGUGAAUGUGCUAUCCAUUUGAGUGCUAACUCAAAGCACGAUGAAGCAAAGGAAGUAGCCAAUUUUGCCAAUGACAUCUUAAAUUUAAGCAAUCGACAACUUCCUGCGAGCUCCCUUUUCCCUCACAUCAUACCUCUACCUGAGUUAGUUCGCCGGCAUAUCCAGUAUUCGUGCAACGCACCAGCAACUAGCAAGAAAGCUGAAUGCAGAGAUGGUGUGGAGAUGCCAAUCCAUCCAGUUACCCCUGAGCAGAUCGACGAAAUGCGAUUAAGAGGAAAUGAUUUGUUUAAAAAGUGUUUUUACAACGAUGCACUGAAAAUUUAUUCUGACGCCAUUGACACAUCGAAGAAUACAACUUUCUUUGAGGUUAGGUUGUUAAGCAAUCGAGCAUCGGUAUAUCUUAAGCUUGGGAAAUACGAUGAAGCCUUGCAAGAUGCAGAAGAUUACAUAUUACAACGACCAAAAUGUUGGAGAGGUUAUGCCAGGAAGGCGUUGGCCCUUGUUGAGAUGAAGAAUAUGCCGGAUGCGUGUGUUGCAGCUUCGAUAGCAUUUUACUACAAGAGGAAUGUUUUUCGUGAUUUUGAACCUUUUAGGAGAAAAUUCGGAUCUUCAAUGGAGAAGCGUCUGUUUGUGUGUCGCAACACCUCAGAUUUGUCAGCAGCCUUGUGGAAUGUGAGAAAUUCCUUUAUCUGGCAGAAUCUAUCCGGGAAUUCAAAGGAUUUACCUGUUAUCAUUUUAGAAAACGGCGAUUACUUUGUUUCCCCACAUACUAUUGACCCCGUCCUUUUUAAUAGGAAAGAUGAACUUCCUAUUGGAAACUGUAUUCUUGUAGGUAGUGAUGGUGAAUGUUUGGUAACGAUUGAUGAUAACUAUGAUGUAGUUGUCGGUUUGUUUUUUUCCGCUUACAAUAUUCGCUUCCACUGUCGCUUUUCUAACUGUCAUUUUCUACUUGACUCAGUCGUGAAACUCACUCACUGUUCUUUUACGAGUUCCAACGAUACUCACGCUUCUUUUAGCUCCUGUGGGAAAUUGAAAGUCGAUUUUUGUAAGUUUUAUAAUUGCAUUAGAGGUGGAUUGCUGGUUGAAGGUGAUGCUGAAAUUACAAAUUCAGAGUUUUAUGACGACGCAGUGCCUUUAGAAGUGCGAAGAGGUGGACGUUUAGUUGUAAGAAAAAGCAAACUGUACGGCAAUAAGCAAGGAUUGCGUAUUGGUGAACAUGCAAAGGAAUGUGUUGUGGAAGAUUGUGAGCUUUAUGACAACAUGAAGAAUGGUAUUAUUGUCACUAAUUGUGCAUCUGAUGUUCUAUUAAAAGGGAACCGUAUUUAUGAUAAUGACAGAUGUGGGAUAAUAGUUGUUGAAAAUUCUAACGUAUCUAUAUUGGAGAACGAGAUUCUAAGAAACACUAAGUGGGGCAUAUUAAUCGAUGAUCUCAGUCAGGCUGUCGUGAAGAAAAAUAAAAUCAAGCAUAACCAGUGCGGUGGCAUUGGUUUCAUGAGAUCCUCGGUCGAAAAGUCCGUUAUAGAAUACAAUGAUAUUUCUUUUAAUUCCGGGCCUGGAAUUCACAACCUGGAAUAUUCAGCUAAAGACAGAAAAAAUAAGUUACAAGAUAACAAAGAGGUGAUCAAUCAACCAAAAGCAGAAGGUGAGGUCAAGGUGUGCUACUGCUGCAAAAAGCCGAACGCGACUUUAAGAAAAUGCGGCAAUUGCUUUACGGCUCAGUACUGUGGAAAACAAUGCCAGAAAAGUGAUUGGAGGAAUCACAAGGAGAUUUGCAACUAUCUCAUACCUGUCGAAGGGUCUGUUAUUGAACACAGUCACAUUUCGUUGAAUUCCGGAUCUAGAAUUAACAAAGAAGGAUUAUUACCGACUAAAUGCAGGGAAAAUAAGUUACAAGAUAACAAAGAAGUGAGGAAUCAACCAACGGCACAAAGUGAAGCCAAGUUAUGCUACUACUGCAAAAAGCCGGAAACGAAUUUGAAGAAAUGCACCUAUUGCUUUACAGCUCAAUAUUGUGGAAAGCAAUGCCAGAAAAGUGAUUGGAACAACCACAAGAAGCUAUGUUAUUGUCUCUUAUCUAAUGGAAGUAUUGUCUUAAACUAUGUUCAAGAAUCAAGGAUGAGAGUAUAUCUAUCUCCCAAUGACUUUAAAUAUACCAAUUAUAAAGCAAUGCGAGGAGCAGGCCUUCAACCGGUCGGUCCAAAAUACUGUCCACCACCAAAUACGACGACUUGGUUUAUUGUUAAGAUGAGCGCUGUUCCGGUGCUGAAAGGAAAAGAUUUCGACACUUCUGUGGUUCGACUAUACGAUCGCAGUCUGAAGAUAGAUGGGAGUCUGAUUGGUGCUGAUCAGAUUUACGAUCUUGUCUGGCAGCAUGGCGCAAUGGGACAGGCUGUCACUUGCUGUAAAAAAUUGUUCAUGUGGGUUAAAGGUCCUGAAGAUGGAAAAAUUCGUGUCUUCAUCAACGAGUUUCCUUCCUAUCAAUACUGGUGAUCAACAUGUUAGGGAGACAUGAAUUAAUAAAAUUUAAUAUAUAAUUGCUUAUAAUGCUGUUAUUUGAUGCAUACAAGACUAAUAUGUAUGUAUUCUUGUAUUGAACAUGACAAUUAUGUUAUUUUUUUCUCGAUGAUGUAAAGCAUUUGAAUGAUUUGUAAAGC